AUGAGUGACGAACAGGGAAUCAAUUUGGCAUUGGACCCAAACCUUAUUACGCUGCCCCUCAAUGGGUCCACAGGAACCACAACAACGUCACCGCUCGAAAUGGACACUGCAGCAGGCACCGACACCACGGCCAAACCGAAAGUAUCGCUAGUGGACAACCCGCACGAGAUGUACGGACAGAUGCCCCUUGCACAACUGGUCCCACUCAUCUUGCAACAACGACAGAUCCCCUUCUCGCAACUGCUAGAACAGAAUAUCAUUAAUAGCAUGUCUGGGGACGAACAGCCGUUCAUCCCAGAGGAGCAGACCGUGGAUAUGGCAGAGUCAGGUGCCCUGAAUAACAGGAGGGGGCAAGACGAGACGUUCGCGUCUAUACGCGCCAACAUGGUCGAGCAAACAAACGUAGCGUUGAACGAGGCGUCCCUCGCAUUGGAGACCGUUGCGCUGCUGUUGAGCGCCACGAGGGAGAGUAACGCAAAGGCUUCGAUCUCACCAUUCUUGAAGAACACGGUGCCCUUGCGGUCCCUAAACAGCGAUAGCGUCUUGCAACAACCGAGUGAGCCUCUAGACGAUUUGAAGUUUGCCCUAGGUUGGAAGCUAAAGUGUCUAGAUGACUGCAAGAAUAAACUCAGAAGGGAAGUAGACACCCUCAGGGCCACUUUGGAAAGAGAACACCUCUACUGGAGGAAGAUUGGCCAGUACAUCAAGAACAGCGACGUCGUCUUCAAAAUGAGAGAUAAGUCUACUGGGUUGAAAGCUAUCGCACUGAAAUUCGGGUACGAGGACUCAGGGUCUGCGUACAGGUACGACCGGGGGAUCGCUAUUCUGAGAAACCGGCCAGAGUCCGAUAUGCUAGAGUUGGUGCCCGUGGCAAGCACGCGAGACGGGCCAAGAGGGUUCCAGGAGAAAUUACUGAGGGUCAGAAUAUUCACCAAGAUAGCAUCAGAGGAGGACUAUAUAUUCAGUGGAGAGAGUACGUUACAGGACAAUGCGGAAGGUAGUGUGUUCAACAACGAGAAUAUCCGCGGGCAAAUAAGCAAGUUGAAGGAUAUCAUAUUUGAAAAGGAACUCAUGUACCAGUUGAAGAGGGAGUGUGCUCCCUUGAUCUCGUACGGUGUGAGCAUCGAGAAUGAGAACAAAGUGGUCAUGGAGUUACCCAACGAGAAAUUCGAGAUAGAGUUGGUCAGUUGCGACGAGAGUUCCAUGGCAAACCACGAUCAUGAUAACCCGAGAACCAACGAUAGGAGGGCUAACCUCUUCCUCAUCACUCUGAGGAUGCUUCUCAUUGUACAGUUCAAAAAGAACAUAAGACGAGGGCUGGCAAUGAAUGUGUCCUCCUCGAGGCGGGGGCCUGAAGACAUUCUGUUGCUCAGACCAUUGCUUGCGAAAUUACGACACCAGAACUACAAGAUAUUGCUGCGAAUGAUCAUCAAGGACAAUUUCUUGGAAAUGGUACAGGGCUCUACCGUUGAAGAGCAAGACAACACGCCGAGAGAUGAUGCAGGUACGAAUUCUGCGAGAGUACUGGACAGACACAUAUACAAACUCAACAGUGAAAUCGACGCGUUCAACCAGCUGAUAAACUACCCGAGUACUCUUUUCACAUUGAAAACUGCAACUGGCGAAGCACUGACAGUGUCGCUAGAGUUGCCCAACUAUUGCAACGCUAAGAUCGAGGUCUCCUACACGAGUUUCCAUGCUAAGUUCUCCGAGUUUAAAGAGGCGGAAGAGUUUCUGCACUUCCUCGUUAACGAAUACGUGAACAAGAGUCAACCGCCACUGAACCAGGGCGGAGAGGACCCACCGUUAUCCGUCACAUCGAGAUAG